AUGCAGCUUACCAGCUUCAUUAUCAUUUUGCUCAUGAUCUCUGCCAUCGCGUCCAUUCUGGUGAAUGCGACUGGCCCCAAGGCGGCCGACCCUCUCUCCUACACCACAGGCACCGAUGCUGACCGACGUGUUCGACCGAGGCAUCGCUUCGACGGGACGUCAGGGGAUCCGAACGGUGCUGGACGUCAGGGAAGAGGAACUGAAUUCGCAAGGCCAAGAGACUGGCGCGUUUGCGCAGAGAACGGUUUGAUCGACCAUGGCAUUAUUGUGCUGAUCAAUGCGGGUAUCGCAGCGUGGACGGAAAGCAAGGCUGGCGACGCACUGGAGGCGCUGUCGAAGAUGACACAGGCCAACAUCUACGUGCUCCGCGAUGGGAAGGAAGUGCAAGUGGCCGUGCCCACAGUGGUGGCCGGCGACAUUGUGGUCUUAGGGACUGGCGAUGUGGUGCCUGCGGACCUGCGCCUCUUUGAAGCUAAGGACUUCAAGGUGAGUGAGAUGGCCCUGACAGGCAGGGUGAAGAUGCUGAUGGAUAGCGAUAGCAUCAGCACUUUGCGGGACCGCCGGAGCGGGACUCAAGAGCUCCGGGUCGCUGUCGCCAUGUGCAUCUUUUGUGAGAAGGCGAAGAGUGACUUUGGCGAAGGUGGAGGAGGUGAGCUGAGUGAGCUCACUCCGGAGCAGAAGCGCCAGGCAGAGGAGUGCGUGCAGCUCCAAGAGCAGCGCAUUCCUGCGACGAUUCUGACUGGCUUCCUGGGUGCGGGCAAGACGACCUUUCUGAACUUCGUCUUGAAGAGUUUGGGCCACGGACGGCGCAUCGCCGUGGUGCAAAACGAGUUCGGCAGCGUGCCCAUUGACGAUCAGCUGAUGCUCUUGGAGAAGACGGCCUCGGAGACCAUCGUGAUGCCCAAUGGCUGCCUUUGCUGCCGCGUGCGCGGUGACCUGGUGGACGCCUUGCGGCGCCUGGCCCACGACGACGGCGAGGAGUCGCCCAAGAGGAUGGACUGCUUGUUGGUGGAGUGCUCUGGGCUCUCAGAGGUCCUACCUGUGGCGCAGACCUUCUUCUCAGAUGCCUUUGUGCAGGCCUCCUUCCGCUUGGAUAGUGUUUUAUGCGUUUGCGAUGUCUCCACUUUCGGUGAGCUGGAAGGGGAUGCCGCUGGCGGCCGAGAGGUGGCACAACUGUUGCGUGAGCAGCUCGCCAUCAGCGACGUGUGCCUGUUGAACAAGUGCGACCUCAUUGACUCGUCCGCGCGGGACGCGGUGGUGCAGAGAGUGAAGUCGGUGAACCCGGGGACGAAGGUGGUGCCCUGCCGCCAUGGCAAGGUGAACUUGAACCAGGUCCUCAAGGUGAACUCCUUUUCAUUGGAUGGCGCCAUCUCGCUGGACCAUCACUUCUUAGGUGGCCACGGCCAUGGCCACGGCCACGGUGGCCAUGGGCACGCACAUGCGUUGAUGAGCAGCUUGGGCCUUGAGAGUCCCAAGAAAGUCCAACGAGAAGCGCUGGAAGAAUGGCUCAAGUCCGUGGUGGAGCGACUAGGCAAUGACCUCCUCCGCCUGAAAGGUGUCCUCCUCACGGAGGGAGGCCGCCUGGUGGUCCAGGGCGUCGGUGGCCACAUCGAGAUCUCGGACCCCUCCGAGCGUGUCUCGGAGGGCGACGGCGACGGAGCCGCGGGCGCGAAUGGAACUGCGGCCUCAAGCAGUGCACCAGCAUCCUCGCGGCUGGUGCUGAUCGGGCGUGUGGGGGAGGAGGCUCUGAGAAGGGAGCUGAAGGAAGGUGAGCCGGAUGAUGUGGCGAAGACCUCCAAGGUGAAGGAGAAGAAGGACGGUGCUCCAGAGAAGCUGACCCCCGAGACCAUGGCCUUCUCGGGCUGUAGCAUCACCAGUGGUGUUGGCAUGGGCUUGGUCACAGACACCGGAAUGAGGACGCGCAUCGGACGAAUCGCCCAGCUCAUCAAUGGGGACGGCGGGGCGAAGAAGACGACCUGCUUCUGCUUCCCGGACACCUCUGCGAACCAGACGCCCCUCCAGCAGAACCUCAACAAGCUGGGUGCUCGCAUCGGAGUGCUGGCCAUCGUCAUUUGCAUCGGCAUCUUCAUCAUCGGUUGGCUGGCAGACCGCAAGGAUCCGACCAGUUCAGACCCAAAGAGUCCUGCUUGGCUCUACAUGAUCCUCGUCUCGGUGACCUUGGCAGUGGCAGCCAUCCCGGAAGGCAUCCCGCUCUGUGUCACCAUCUCCCUGCCCCUCGGGUUUGCCAAACUGCCGUCCGCCCAGGUGGACCAAGAGGUGCUGGUGCGCAAGAUCGCGGCGGUGGAGACCCUGGGCUCCGCCUCGGUGAUCUGCAGUGACAAGACCGGCACGCUGACGGAAGGCAAGAUGACCAUGGUGGGCAUGUACGCCGCGGGAACCACCUACGAAGUCACCGGCAAGGGCUUUGACCCUGAGGUGGGUGGCGUGAUGCGCGAGGACGGCCAGGAUGGCCGCAACGACCUGGGCGUGAAGAGCAACUUGUUGACGGCAAUCCUUUGCUGCAACACCACUCUCAGCAAGGAGACCGAUGAGGCCGGAGUGAUGAAGUGGACGCCCAAGGGCAACUCGUCGGGGGCUCCGAUCGUGGUGGCUGCACGCAAGGCAGUGGGCAUCACUGGGCUCCGAGGCGAAUACCCUCGAGUGCUGGAAGUUCCCUUCUCCUCCUCCAGGAAGAUGAUGCUCACCGUCUCGAAGGUGGGUGGCUCUCACUUGUGCCAGGGAGGCAUGCCCUUGCCGCCAGGGACGAACUACUUGACGGUGUGCAAGGGUGCGCCCAACUACAUCAUCGACCUUUGCUGUGAGCAGCUGAACCCUGAUGGGAGCAGCUUGGUUCCGGUGAAGUUGGAGAAAGUCAGAGAAAAGGGUGGAAAGGAUGGAGGCGUGGCCAAGUUGAGCGACGCGGACAAGUCCAAGAUCCUGAAGAUCGUGGACGGCUCCAUGGCACGGGAUCGCUACUCCGCGCGCGCCUUGCGCGUCCUGGCGAUCGCCGCGCGGCCCAUGUCCAAGUUGCCGUACGAUGAGAACAACGAGGAUGUCACCACGGACCAGAAGUUCGACGCUUGCCGCCAGCAGCUGCGCCUCAUGGGCUUGGUCGCCUCCAUUGACCCGGAGCGCGACGGGGUCCCGGACAGCGUGGUGGCCGCGCGGGGCGCGGGGAUUCGCGUGGUGAUGAUCACCGGAGAUUACCUGUUGACGGCGAUUGCCAUCGCCAAGAACGUCACCGGGCAGCUGGGAGAGGGAUCAAAGACCAUUCUUAAGAGCUUGGAAGACGAGAAGACUGUGAACAUUCUGCAAGACACCGACGAUGUCGAGACCUCCGCCAUGGAUUGUGCCAGUCUCCGGCCCAACGGCGAAUACCUCUCCAACCAGGAGAUGGACCUUGUCACCUGCAGCACGCGUGUUUUCGCACGUGCCAAGCCAGAGGAGAAAGUUUGGGCGCAGGGCUGGAGCAUUUCCUGGCACCAGUCCAGCACGAGAGACAAGCUGGAGAUCGUGAAGAGCAUCCAGCGUCAAGGUCAGGUGGCUGCCAUGACGGGCGAUGGAGUGAACGACGCCCCGGCGCUGAACCAGGCGGACAUUGGAGUGGCCAUGGGUAUCCAAGGCACUGAGGUGGCCAAGGGCGCUUCGGACAUGGUCUUGACAGAUGACAACUUCUGCUCCAUCGUGAAUGCAGUGGAGAAGGGUCGAGCCAUCUACAGCGGAAUCCAAAAGUUCGUGGCCUUCAUCAUGUCAGUGCACAUUGCCGAGGUCAUGCAGAUCUUCAUUUGCAUCGUCAUUGGCAUCCCUGUGAUGCGAACUCCCUUGCAGAUCCUUUUCCUGAUUCUGGUCACGGACUUGCCACCUUCCAUCGCCUUGGGCAUGGAACCAGGUGAGGCGCACAUCCUCAAGAUGCGCCCACGACCCAAGGAAGAGCCGAUCGUGCUGAUGUGGAUGUGGUUGGCAAUGAUCAUGAACGGCAUGGUGCUCACUGUGGUGGUCGUCGCGGUCUACAUUAUCUCCUUGAUCCACUUCUGCGAUGGCGAGAUCUUACAGGCUAACAUCUACGAUCUGGGAAAAGGCUUCCAAGACAGGCUGGCUAAGGCGCAGACCGUGGCGUUCAUCUCCUUGGUGUGGUCUGAAAAUAUCCGUGCCUACAUCUCGCGGUCCUUCACCAAUCCCAUGUGGCAUGACAUCUUGGGGAACAAGCACAUGCAGAAGGCCAUCAUCAUGGCGCAGGUUUGCCUCUACGUGGCGGUGCUCACGCCGUAUUUGUCCGACCGCAUCUUGGGGCUUCGAGGACUGGAGAUUGGCAUCUUUGGGUGGGCCUUGGCGAUUGCUGGGCCCGUGGGAUGUUUCAUCCUGAGCGAGUCCUGCAAGCUCAUCAGUGCCUGGGCGAGAGAACCAUGA